AACAAGAUCUAAAAAUUUUGCUUAAUAUUCGUUAUGUUUGUUAAAAUCUUAACAAUAAUUGCAACAUUUCAAUAUUUCAAUUGGUGGAAAGGUGGAAGCGCCACCAAUCAGAGAUAGUAAGACGAUCAAAGAUGGCGGGACAUUUUACAGAAUUUGGAAUCUUACCUGAAAUUCUUCAAGCCAUUGAGGAAAUGGGAUGGCAUUUACCAACUGAUGUUCAAGCUGAAGCAAUUCCUUUGAUUCUUGGUGGUGGAGAUGUUUUGAUGGCUGCAGAGACAGGAAGUGGAAAGACGGGGGCCUUCUGUUUGCCUGUGAUUCAGGUUGUGUAUGAAACUAUCCAGGAUGCUCUGUCUGGAAAAAAAUCUGGAAAAGUUUUAAUAGAAAACGAGGACAAAUCUUGGAAAAUGAGUGUUUAUGAUCGUGAUUCAGCAUUUGCAAUAAGUCAAGAUGGCUUACUUUGUCAAAGUAGAGACCAGGCAGUUUGGCAAGGGGGAAGGUCAUCUCUUGCUGUCAUCAAAGGAAAAUUUUAUUACGAGGUCACCAUAACGGACGAAGGCUUGUGUCGUGUUGGAUGGUCUACAAAGGACGCUACUUUAAACUUGGGAACAGAUAGAUAUGGAUUUGGCUUUGGCGGCACUGGAAAAUCCUCAUUCAAUAGAAAUUUCGACACGUACGGGGAGCCGUUUGGAUUGCAUGAUGUAAUUGGUUGUUAUAUCAAUCUGGAGGAUGGAACUGUGAAAUGGAGUAAAAAUGGUGUUGAUUUUGGGGAGGCAUAUGACAUUCCUGUACAGCUAGAUGGAAUUCCAUUUUAUGCUGCUGUGGUUUUAAAGAACGCAGAACUACAAUUUAAUUUUGGUGCAACACCUUUCAAAUUUCCACCCAAGGGCGGCUACAUUGGACUCUAUUCAGCAAGACCGCAAUGUGUGACGUCUUCUACUACGGGGACCAUUUCUCGUACACCGGGGAAGUUCACAAACAAGUGUUCACCAUCGGCAAUUAUUCUCGAGCCCUCUCGUGAAUUGGCACAACAGACCCACAAUAACAUAUCACAGUUUAAGAAGUAUCUGCCGUCGCCAAAUGUAAAAGAGGUUGUUUUAAUCGGUGGUGAAAGUGUGAAAAAUCAAAUCAGACUGCUGCAAGACGGGGUUGAUGUUGUCACAGGAACGCCAGGAAAAUUUGAUGAUUUUGUUUCAACUGGUAAAAUGUCCCUUGAUCAGGUUCGGUUUUUCAUUCUUGACGAGGCGGAUGGUUUACUAAGUAUGGGAAACCGCGAUCUUAUCAUGCGAAUUUACAACAAAAUACCAAAGUUUUCGUCCGAUGGGAAACGUUUGCAGAUGAUCGUGUGCUCCGCUACCUUACAUUCUUUUGAAGUCAAAAAGCUCGCGGAGAAAAUAAUGCAUUUUCCGACUUGGGUUGAUUUGAAAGGUCGCGAUAGUGUUCCUGAGACUGUGCAUCACGUGGUUUGUCAUGUCAACCCUAGAAAAGAUUAUACUUGGAAAGGCUUGAGGCAAAAAGUCAAGACCGACGGAAUUCACAGCAGAGAUAAAUUAAAUCCUUCUCACACAUCUCCAGAACUUUUCUCCGAGGCGACAAAGAUGCUUAAGGCCGAGUAUCUGGUGAAGGCGAUCAAAGAACAUAAAAUGGAUCAAGCCAUUAUAUUCUGCAGAACAAAAUUAGAUUGUGAUAACAUUGAAAACUAUCUAUUGACAAUCGGAGGAGGUGCACGUGCAAUGGUCAACGAGUUUUCGUGUGUCUGUCUUCAUAGUGACAGAUCUGUUCAAGAACGCCGAGAAAAUCUUAAAAAAUUCAAGGAAGGUGAAGUUAGAUUUCUCAUCUGUACGGAUGUGGCUGCAAGAGGUAUAGAUGUUCGAGGCAUUCCGUUCGUCGUGAACGUGACAUUCCCGGAUGAUAAACAAAACUACAUACACAGAAUUGGUCGUGUUGGACGUGCAGAUAGGAUGGGCUUGGCUAUUUCCCUUAUAUCUGAUGUGCAUGAGAAGGUCUGGUAUCAUAAAUGUCCUAGCCGUGGUAAGAACUGCAACAAUGCCAACCUCGUGGAACGGGGCGGUUGUGCAAUCUGGUACGAAGAGCUACAGUAUUUGUCCGACGUUGAAGAACAUCUUGAUGUAACAAUACCAAAAUGUGGUCCCGAUAUGGUGAUAGCUCAGAACGAGUUCGAUGGUAAAGUUGUUUAUGGCGCUAAACGAAAUAAAUCUGGUUGCGUCUUCGAAAAUCACGUGCUUGAAUUAGAACCCUCGGUCGCUGAAUUGGCCAAACUUGAAUAUCAAGCGCAGACGUCGUUUUUGAAGCUUAAGCGCAAAAAAUGGACGAACCUAAAUUGAUGAAAGUAUAUGAAUGUAGAGAAGCAUAGCUAUGAACGUUGGGCAUGUGCGUGUUCAAAUUUAUAAAUUGUUGUUAUUUUGCAUAUUAAGAGUUAUUUAUCGUUUAACAACAUGGCUGACUAUUUCUGGUCUGGUCUUUCUGAAGAAACUAUUAUAGCUAACCAAAUGCAUAUGAAGGCUUGGAUAAAGUAUUUCACUUUUCAAUAGAAAUGUUGAUAAUAGAAA